AUGUCUCGCAAGUACGACAAUGUUAUCGUCUUCGGACCUACUGGCACCAUAGGUGGACUUGUAGCGGCAGAGGCCCAAAAGCAAGGAGCCAAGGUUUGGCUUGCGAUGCGGGACACCUCCAAGGCCAUUUCCGCCAUUCCGUCCCACCUCGAAGAAUCCGGCAAUUUCACCCGUGUCCAAGCUGACAUAACCGACCCUCCUUCCGUCACCAAAGCCAUCGCUACCUCUGGCGCCAAAGCAGCAUAUCUCUACCUCAUCCAUGGCGACAUGACCUUUGGCCGCGGUGCUCUCCAGGCCAUGCGUGAAGGCGGGGUCGAAUACAUCGUCUUCUUGUCGGGCUAUAAUGUCAAGGGACAAGGCGAGGAGUUACGCGCCAUUCCGAAAGAAAACUGGAUCCCUUUCGUCCACGCUCAGGUCGAAAUUGCGGUGGAGGACGUUGGAUUUCCUUACUUUACCGCUUUGCGACCAGCCUGGUUCGCCAGCAAUUUCUUCAAGAACUACCUCGAUCGCUCGAGCAAGCCCAACUACAAGGCGCCAAUGCUCUACGAGGACGCAGUGUUCGACAACAUCGCGCCAGAGGAUGUAGGCCUGGUUGGAGGGAGGGUGUUGGCAGAGCGGCCAUCCGACGCAAAAAAGGAGACAAUUUAUUUGUGCGGGCCAGAACUGCGCAGUGUCAAAGAAUCUUGGGAGCUUAUCAAGAAAAUCACUGGCCGCCACGAUAUUGACACGGCCGCAACAACUGAGGCGGCGUUCCUCCAAAGAUUUGCGUUGCUGGGGCUACCCGACUUCGUUGGCAAAUACUUCAUGCGAGCCCUCCAGGAGUCGAAAGCUGGUUUUGCGGUGCCAGAUUACCAAAUCGGUGUCGAAAAUGUUCGCAAAUACGCGGGUAAGGAGCCGACGAGUUUUGCUGACUAUCUGGAAGCGCACAAGGAGGAGUGGAAAGCUCUCUAA